AGCUAGUAUAAAUAGCCAUGCAUCUGGUGCGGCUCCCCCAUACAGGUGUGUCCUUAGCAGAAGCACAGAGACUAGCAAAGCUCAUCAUGGUAGCCCUUAUCUCCACACUGCAAUUGCUCUUCCUCGGGGCUCUGAUUUCUCCCGUCUAUUUGGAGGAUGCUUGUCAACCUAUCCAGAAUGCCACUGCUUCUGGCUCUUACAGUCUAUCUGUGAACCCUGCUAACUACAUGGCAAACACAAGCUACAAUGUAACCAUCAGUGGACUCCUGGAUGGCAGCUCACUUCUCCUGCAGGCCCUCAAUUCCCAGAACUCCUCUGUGGGUCGGUGGGAAGACCCAGUUGUGAACUGCAGCGACGGCCUAUCAGCAGGGCAGCAAAAUAUCACCCACAAAACCACAGCCAUAGUACAAUGGAGCUCUCCAGACAAUGAGUCAGCCCCGGUGGAAAUAAGGGUGUUUGUGACUCUUUCCAAUAGCUCUACCCUGCUCCAGAAGAUAACCCUGGAUACAGCAUCUACACCCUCACCUGAAUCGACAACGACACCCACUACCAACUCCAAAAUCACACCCUCCAGCACCACCAGUUCCGUCUCCACAGUGCAGGCCAGCUCCUUCUUCCUGGCAGCCGUCCACCUGCUGUCAGUCUUUGUUACCUGCAAACUGUUCUCCUAGUGGGAAACAGCACCCCAGUCAAGCCGUACUCUUCCAUCUUCGCUUUCCUGCUGGAUGCAAGGGUGGACGGCUGAUAUACUCAGGAAGUCUCUCUUCUAUUGUUAUGUAUUUAAAAAUGAUGACUGCACUUUCUUUUACACCCUACUUGACCAGAGAGCUGACACCCAACCCCAUUGCCAGCAGCAGGAAACACAUGAAGAAAUUCCGGCACAUACUUGUCUCGAGAGUUUUCAUGAGCUGAAAUGUUCUGUAGCAAGUCAGGAUUUGAUACAUU